CCCCGUAUGUGCACAAAUCAAAAUGGCUGAUUAGUUAUGUGUCCGAAAUCCACCAUGAUCAAACGGACACUUCAUUGGAUUACUGACGGCACCUAGCUCUAAAGGAACUAGGUUAAACUUUUACCAGAUUUGCAGCUAAUUGUUUUGUAGAGUAGUCCUGAAGUUGAUUAUUUUUUUGGGUACACGAUUAGGAUAAUUCGGCGAACUUUUGAAAACAUUUCGUGAAAUCAACAUGGAAAGAGUCAAGCAAGCAAAUAGUCCGCUUUUUAGUUGCUCGCAAACUAAAGGUCUCCCUGGGUUGCCUCCUUUACCGCCGUCCAACGAAUCACCGUCAGAGCUAUAUCAGAUUGUUCUAAGGCACAGCGAGCACCCUCCAAUCAUGAAAGACCCCAGCUGGACAAGAGCUGCACCCUUUAAGGAAACAUCAUUCGCUCGCACCCCAAGCGAGUCUAUUGCCAACAACUACAGUCCGGCUGCCUCAAAUCUAAGACUGCGUAGUCUUCCUCGCCCAGCCACUCGACAAGUCACAAGUUCACAAAUCAAGGAUUCUAGAAAAAGACAUGUCAGGAGCAAGAGUGAAGAAACUUAUGGGCACAGCAAAAGAGAACGUCCUCCAAGCCGGUCCUUGACCCCUUUUGAACAACUUGAUAUCAUCAAAGCAUGUGAGACAGUUGAGACUAUUGAUGAUGAUGAGCCGACUCGUCGUGACCUUGAGCGCUACCAGUACUACAUCACUAAAGGCAUACCUGCACAUGCUUUGGCACCGCAAGACCCAGAUGUGAUGGAGCGCAUUCUGACCGAACGCAUCCAUGACAAGCUCACAUCAGACUCUGAACUCGAGCCGCUGCUCAACGAACUGAAGAGUGAAGUGGCUGAGGAUUAUGACUUCAGUGUUCGAAAAGCUAUUGUUGACUAUGUACUGAAAGAUCCUUCAGAGAAAAACAGACUCCACAUUAAAUCCACUCCUAAACCCUUCCCACAAAGGACUGUGCGGGCUCCUGUGCCUUGGCACACACCAUAUCGCCAGUCAUGGGACAUCAACGCCAAGAACCUGUUUAUCACAAACCCAGUAAUGAUGGAGAUACAAAACCUCUGGUAUGAUAGAUUUGCCCAGUCACGGUUUGUAGAUGGGAAUGAGCUUCUAGCCUCUGGGCUUCCUGUGUCCCCCAGUGAGUUUGAAGAACUCGUUGUCAAGCAGUGCGCAAGAACGCGCGAAUUCCUCAAGAAAACUUGGAUCCCUGCAUGCGCCAACUUACUGUACAGCGGUCGCUCCCACUGGUCGUACCUUGUGCCUGGUAACGAGGGUGAGUCCACGGUGCUUGUCCAGCAGUUCUUUUCGUGUGUGUCGGCGCUCAUGUCUAUUCAGUUGCGCAGCAUGGUCAUCAACUCGCUCAAAGACUUUGUCGACUUCCUCAACCACUAUCAGGACGGGAAUGACUUCGGAGAAUCGUACUCAGACCUCAGAUAUGUAAUGGGAGAGAUCAUGGUCGUCCAACUGCGUAUUGACGGAGCCAAGUUGAUAUUCGACCCUCCCUUCAGGGAAAUACGGGAUAUUAUUCUACGACUGCUGACGGAAAUCGUUAAGAGUGCGGAGGAUCUUCCCAGGGUGGAGACGGAGCUGUUUCCGGACAUGCGCGAUAAGCGUCUUCCACUGCGUUCUGUGGCAGUAGAGGAAAUGCUAGUUCAGGAUUACAUGGAUCGCGCUGUCGAUGUCUUCAAACUCAACACCGUCGGGCCUCAAAAAUAUCUGAAUACGUAUAAGAAAUAUCAGGAUCUGCUUAACAACAAGGCGGAGACAGAUGUCCAGGCAUUCUUACAAGAUGACCCCGUGUUGCUCGCUCUGGCCAAGAAAAUUGACGAGUUCCAAAGCCUGUCGAGAGAGAUCGCGUCCCUUCACCUGAGUGUACCACUCAACAUGCUCUGCCUCAACUGCCAGGAAGUCAACCAAGAGCUCUCCCUACGCGCGUCAAAGCUAGCAGAUACCAUGAUCCACUAUGUGGUCGACCAGAACAGGGACAAGAACAGGGGGAUUUGCCGACAGUAUGACGAAGUCUCAGACAAGGUCCAGGAAAUGCCAGAUAACACCAAGGAUUUGGUCACCCUGACGCAAUUCCUGGAAAAGGCUAGCACGGUGCUGGUGGUACAGCUACAAAGUCACGUGGACGAUGCUGGUGAAAGGCUUCUUUUUCUGCUGGACUAUGCAACACUUCCCUACGAGGAUAUCAAGCUGAACAGCACAGUGUUUCACUGGCCUGAACACAUUCAGAAGAUCUUCGAAUUAAGCAAGAACCGAAUCGGUCAUCGUAAAGACCUGGCUAUGGACGACCUCAAACAUAGGGUCAAGAUGUAUGAAGAGAAGCUAAAUGGAUACAACAAAGAAGUAGAGGCGUUCAGAAAGAAAGAGAUCAUGGCCGCUGAGGAGAUGAAGAAAAACGUGGAGAAGCUUGACGAGCUUGGGACAGCUCUUGAUGCUGCACGUGACGAGCUCAUGGAUCUAAAUACGGAGGAGGAGCUCCUUCAGUGGGAGCCAACCCAGUUCCCAAUCCUGCAAAGCAUGAUGGCGUACAAAGAGCCAUACGAGAAGCUGUGGCGGACAGCGCUCAACUUCCAGAACAAGCACGAGGCCUGGCUCAACGGCCCAUUUGUCGAGAUCAAUGCCGAAGAUGUCGAGGAAGAGAUCGGAGGGAUGUUCAGGACAGUUAUAAAACUAAGCAAGACGUUCGGAGACUCUCCGGCACCACGUCGGGUAGCCGAGAGCGUCCGAAGCAAGAUCGACAAGUUCAAAGUUCAUCUGCCCCUGUUACAAGUCAUCUGUAACCCAGGCAUCAGAGAGAGGCACUGGACACAGAUGAGCGAGGUUGUCGGCUUUGACAUCAAACCGGAAGCAAGCACAUCGUUGUGUAACAUGCUGGAAUACAAUCUACACAAGCACUUGGACAGGUUGGAAGAGAUAAGCGGGUCUGCCAGCAAGGAGUUUGGCCUGGAAAAAGCCAUGGAGAAAAUGAAAGUCGAGUGGAACGACAUGUUCUUUGAGUUCGUGCCCUAUCGCGACACGGGCGUGUCUAUCUUGUCUGCUGUUGACGAUAUCCAAAUGCUGUUGGAUGAUCACAUCGUUAAGGCUCAGACUAUGAGCGGCUCACCAUUUAUCAAGCCGUUUGAGGCAGAGAUCAAGUCCUGGUGCGAGAAGCUCAUCUUGAUGCAGGACAUCAUUGACGCCUGGCUUAAGUGCCAAGCCACCUGGCUGUACCUCGAGCCCAUCUUUAGCUCUGAAGACAUCAUGGCUCAGAUGCCCGAAGAGGGUCGCAAGUUCGGCAUCGUGGAUAGCUACUGGAAAGACAUCAUGACAGAGUCGGUGAAGGAUACAAAGGUCCUCGUUGCCACAGGGCAACCCAAUAUGCUGGGGAGGCUCCAGGAAUCUAACCAGUUGCUGGAGGAGAUCCAGAAAGGCUUGAACGCCUACUUGGAGAAGAAGCAGCUCUUCUUUCCUAGGUUCUUCUUUCUGUCUAACGACGAACUGUUGGAGAUCUUGUCAGAAACGAAAGACCCACUCCGUGUUCAGCCCCACCUCAAGAAGUGCUUUGAGGGCAUUGCACGCCUCGAGUUCACUGAGGAGCAAGAGGUUGUUGGUAUGGUCAGCGCAGAGAAUGAGACUGUCCCCUUCUCCACCAAGAUCGUUCCAGCCAAAGCAAAGGGUAUGGUGGAGAAGUGGUUGAUCCAGGUGGAGGAGGUGAUGAUGGACAGUCUAAAGAAGGUCGCGGGUGAUGCCGUGGCUGCUUACGUCAACACUGUGCGCGGCAAGUGGGUGCAGGAAUGGCCAGGACAGGUAGUGCUAGCCGUGAGUGGAAUAUACUGGACAUUGGAGAUGUCGGAAGCCAUCAUGAAACCAAACGGACUCAAGGAAUACUUGGAGAAAUCAAACAAACAGAUUGACGAGAUCGUAGCGCUGGUGCGCGGUAAACUAGACCCAGGAGUGAGAGUGACUCUUGGUGCUCUCACUGUUAUCGAUGUCCACGCGCGCGACGUGACGGCGCAGAUGGCGCACGACGGUGUUCACAGUCUGGAAGACUUCCAGUGGUUGUCGCAGUUGCGUUACUACUUCGAGGAGAAGAGAGUCAUUGUGCGCAUGAUCACUACGUCUAUCAACUACGGCUACGAGUACCUUGGCAACAGCGGUCGCCUCGUCAUCACUCCACUUACUGACAGAUGUUAUAGAACGCUAAUGGGGGCUAUCAAAUUGAACCUCGGAGGCGCGCCUGAAGGGCCUGCGGGCACUGGUAAAACAGAGACCAGCAAAGACUUGGCGAAAGCUGUAGCAAAACAGUGUGUGGUGUUUAACUGCUCUGAUGGUCUGGAUUUCAAGGCCAUGGGCAAGUUCUUCAAGGGACUUGCACAAGCUGGCGCUUGGGCUUGCUUCGAUGAGUUUAACAGGAUUGAGCUAGAGGUGUUGUCCGUGGUCGCACAACAGAUUCACACCAUCCAGAAAGCCAUCGCUGAACACAAGAAGAAAUUCAUCUUUGAAGGCACUGAGCUAGUGCUCAAUCCAACAUGCACGAUGUUCAUUACAAUGAACCCUGGCUACGCCGGACGUCAGGAGCUUCCAGAUAACCUCAAGGUUCUUUUCCGUACGGUUGCCAUGAUGGUACCGGAUUACGCGCUCAUCAGUGAGAUCUCACUCUAUUCAAUGGGUUUUCUCAACGCUAGAAGUCUUGCGCAGAAGAUCGUCGCCACGUACACCUUGUGCUCUGAGCAGCUCUCCUCACAGUCUCAUUACGAUUACGGCAUGCGAGCCGUCAAGUCAGUGCUGACUGCUGCAGGUAAUCUCAAGUUGCGUUACCCUGAUGACGAUGAGGCGGAGCUUAUGUUACGAGCUGUGCUAGAGGUCAACCUGGCCAAGUUCCUGUCACAGGAUGUCCCCCUGUUUGAGGGGAUUAUCUCUGAUCUCUUCCCCGGUACCAAAUGGCCGAAUCCUGAUUACGGCGUCCUGAUGGACUCUCUGCGAGAGAAUUGCUCAAGACGAAAUUUGCAGGCGACAGACUGGUAUAUGAAGAAGAUCAUCCAGGUGUACGAGAUGAUGAUCGUGCGUCACGGCUUCAUGAUCGUCGGCGACCCUCUUGGGGGAAAGACAAUGGCAUUUAAGGUUCUGUCUGAAGCCAUGACCGACCUUAACAAAGCAGGAUAUCCAUUCCAAAAGGUCAUUUACAAGAUCAUUAACCCCAAGUCAAUCACCAUGGGCCAGCUGUACGGGUGCUUCGACCCAGUCUCCCAUGAGUGGUCGGAUGGCGUCCUCGCUAACUCGUUCCGUGAUUUUGCCUCCUCUACCACCGAGGAUCGCAAGUGGCUGAUCUUUGAUGGGCCCGUGGACGCCGUCUGGAUCGAGAACAUGAACACUGUACUCGAUGACAAUAAAAAGCUGUGCCUGAUGAGCGGUGAGAUCAUUCAGAUGAGCAACAAGCAGAGUUUGAUCUUUGAGCCUGCCGACCUUGAGCAGGCCUCCCCGGCAACUGUCAGUCGAUGCGGCAUGAUUUACAUGGAACCUUAUCAGCUUGGCUGGAAACCAUUAAUGGAGUCAUACCUAAACACCUUACCCGAAAGUCUCAGCAAAGAACACAGAGAGACCGUCAGACUGCUGUUCGACUGGCUGAUGGAGCCGUGCUUAAAUUUUAUCCGCCAUGAUUGCAAGUUUUUCCUGACGUCAUCCGACAUGCAUCUGGUUACGUGCUUCCAGCGACUGUACUCCUGUCUCAUGGACGAGAUUCGCGCCCAGGACCACGCGGAGGGCGCAGACCGCAUGUCGUCACAGCAGAUCACGAACUGGUUAAUGGGCCUGUAUAUCUUCUCCAUGGUUUGGUCCAUCGGAGGCACGCUGAAUGGAGACAGUCGUAAGAAGUUCGACGCGUUCUUUAGACUAUUGAUCAGUGGCACCGACAAGGACCACCCCAAACCCAAGGAGAUCAAGAUGUCGAAGCAAAACGUGUUUCCAGAUCGUGGUACCGUGUACGAUUACUACUUCGUGAAGCAGGCUAGCGGAUCAUGGGGCAACUGGAUAGAGCUGACGCACAAGGGAAAAAGCGUCAUUCCUAAAACGGCUAAGGCGAGCGAGUUGACGAUCGAGACGGAUGACACGGCACGUCAGAUUUUCUUCCUGGAAACCUUCCUGACUCACGAGGUACCCAUGUUGUUCGUUGGACCCACAGGGACAGGAAAAUCCGCCAUCACCAACAGCUACCUAGUCAAGUUACCCAAGGAAAAAUAUCUACCGGUGAAUAUCAACUUCUCCGCGCGCACGAGUGCCGGUCAGACCCAAGAUAUCAUUAUGGGAAAACUAGACAGGCGUCGUAAGGGUGUUUAUGGACCUCCUCCUGGCAAGAAGUGCGUCAUGUUUGUUGAUGACCUUAACAUGCCCGCCAAGGAGAAGUAUGGUGCGCAGCCUCCCAUCGAACUACUACGCCAGCUUCUUGAUCACGGCCACUGGUAUGACCCUAAGGACACGUCGAAGCUGGAGCUACUGGAUCUGCUGUUCGUGUCGGCCAUGGGACCCCCCGGUGGGGGUAGGAAUGACAUCACUGGUCGCUUCGUGCGGCAUGCUAAUGUCAUCUCCAUUGACUCAUUUGACGACAACACGAUGAACAAGAUCUUCACAUCUAUCGCUGACUGGCACUUUGCCAAGGGAUUCGACGCCACUUUCCAAAGACUUGGCAAGAUCGUGGUGAUGGCGACGAUGCAGGUGUACAAGUCUGCAGUUGACAAGUUCUUGCCAACGCCGAGCAAAUCGCACUACGUGUUCAACUUACGUGACUUCGCGCGCGUGAUGUUCGGCACGCUGCUCGUUCCUUCUACGCACCUGAACGAGGGCGACAAGCUGAUUCGGUUGUGGAUACAUGAAGUCUACAGGGUCUUCUAUGACAGGUUAAUUGAUGACACGGACCGCCAGAUGUUUUUUGAGGUUAUCAAGGACACAAUCAAACAGCAAUUCAAGCUGGAGAUGGACCGACUUGUCGGACAUCUCGUUCCUACUGGACAGAAGCUAAAAGAUGAACACAUAAGGAAUCUGUUUUUCGGUGAUUACAUGGCGCCAGAGUCCCCUGACAAGAUCUACGAUGAAGUGUCAGACUUGAAAGCCCUCACCACGCAGAUGGAAGCGUAUCUAGAUGAGUAUAACCAGAUGAGUAAGACUCCCAUGUCUCUUGUCAUGUUCAAGUUCGCCAUCGAACACAUCUCUCGGGUCAGCCGGGUCCUCAAACAAGACAAUGGUCACUGCCUUCUUGUAGGUAUCGGCGGAAGCGGUCGGCAAAGCGCUACUCGUCUGGCCACCUUCAUGGCAGACUACGACUUGUUCCAGAUCGAGAUUACGAAGAACUACACCAAGACUGAGUGGAGAGAUGACCUUAAAAAGAUGCUGAUCAAGGCGGGUGUGGAUGGAAAGCCCACGGUCUUCCUGUUCAGCGAUAAUCAGAUCAAGGAGGAGUCGUUCGUAGAGGACAUCAAUAUGAUUCUUAAUACAGGUGACGUGCCUAACAUCUUCGCUGCCGACGAGAAGGCGGACGUCAUUGAGAAGAUGCAGACUGUGGCUAGGGUUGAGGGUAAGAAGAUUGAUGCCACACCGCUAGCCAUGUACAACUUCUUCAUUGAUCGCGUGCGGUGCAACUUGCAUGUGGUACUGGCCAUGAGCCCUAUCGGCGACGCCUUCAGGAACCGACUGCGCAUGUUCCCUUCUCUUAUCAACUGCUGCACCAUAGACUGGUUCCAGGCUUGGCCCGAGGACGCGCUUGAGAUGGUGGCGAACAAAUUCCUAGAAGAGGUGGACAUAUCUCUCGAGGUGAAGAAGCAGUGUGUAUUCAUGUGCAAGUAUUUCCACGAGAGCGUCAGGAUGUUGUCUGAGAGAUACUACGAGACGCUGCGUCGCCAUAAUUACGUCACGCCUACGUCAUAUCUGGAGUUGAUUAUGACGUUUAAGACGUUACUGGAUAUCAAGCGUAAUGAGAUUCUUGCGCUGAAGAACAGAUAUCUUACAGGUCUUGAGAAGCUCGAGUUCGCGGCAUCACAGGUUUCCGUGAUGCAGAAAGAGCUAAGCGACCUGCAGCCCGAACUGAUCCAGACAUCCGCUGAGACCGAGAAGCUUAUGGUUAAGAUCGAGCAGGAUACCGUGGAGGUCGAGGCCAAGAAAGAGAUUGUGGCUGCAGACGAGGCGGUAGCCAAUGAAGCCGCCGGCGUGGCACAGGGGAUCAAAGAGGAGUGCGAAGGGGACCUUGCUGAGGCCCUGCCCGCUCUGGAAGCGGCCCUCAAGGCUUUGGACACACUCAAGCCAAGUGACAUAUCCAUGGUUAAGUCUAUGAAGAAUCCUCCCGGCGCGGUGAAACUAGUAAUGGAAGCCGUCUGCAUAAUGAAGAGUGUGAAACCCGAGCGCAAACCCGACCCAUCGGGAUCCGGGCGCAUGAUCGAGGACUACUGGGGGUCGUCUCAGAAAAUUCUAGGAGACAUGAAAUUCCUGGACUCGCUCAAGGCGUAUGACAAGGAUAACAUCCCUGUACCAGUCAUGAAAAAGAUCCGAGAAAAGUACGUAACAAACCCGGAGUUCAAUCCGGACAACAUUCGGACAGUAUCGUCUGCUUGUGAGGGUCUGUGCAAGUGGGUACGAGCCAUGGAGGUCUACGACAGAGUGGCUAAGGUUGUUGCCCCCAAGAAAGAAAAGCUAGCCGCUGCAGAGGCAGAGCUCGCGAUCCAGAUGGAAAAACUCAACUUGAAGCGUGCGGAGCUGAAGGAGGUCGCUGACAAGCUGCAGGCUCUGAAUGACGAGUUCGAUGCCAUGACAACCAAGAAGAAAGAACUGGAGGCAAAUAUCGAUCUGUGUGAGAAAAAGCUGGAUCGCGCAGAAAAGCUGAUUGGGGGACUGGGUGGGGAGAAGGAGCGUUGGACGGAGACUGCACGAUUGCUUGAGGAUAGGUUUUUCAAGGUCACUGGUGAUGUCCUCCUUUCGUCUGGGGAAGUUGCCUAUCUCGGGCCAUUCACCGUUGACUUCAGAAAUGAAUGUAUUGACGGCUGGGUAAAAGAGUGCACCACCCGUAAGAUCCCGUGCUCAGAGUCCUUCUCGCUCAACGCCACACUCGGCGAUGCCGUCAAGAUUCGAGCAUGGAAUAUCUGCGGGCUCCCUGUGGAUGCAUUCUCAGUUGAUAACGGGAUCAUCGUUGACAACGCACGUCGCUGGCCUCUUAUGAUUGACCCGCAAGGACAAGCCAACAAGUGGAUCAAGAAUAUGGAGAAGGAGAACAAGUUAUCUGUCAUCAAGCUGUCGGAUGCGAACUAUGUACGCACCCUUGAAAACAGCAUCACGUUUGGGACCCCUGUAUUGCUGGAGAAUAUCGGAGAGGACCUGGAUCCCAUUCUUGAGCCUCUGUUGCUUAAACAGACAUUUAAGCAAGGCGGAGUCGAGUACCUAAAGCUUGGCGAGAACAGCAUCGAGUACUCACGUGACUUCAAGUUCUACAUGACAACGCGCCUGCGCAAUCCGCACUACCUCCCCGAGAUCAGUGUCAAGGUAACGCUGCUCAAUUUCAUGAUCACUCCGCUGGGUCUUGAGGAUCAGCUGCUGGGGAUCGUCGCCGCGAAAGAGAAACCAGAACUAGAAGAGAAAAAGAACGAACUGAUCCUGGAGAGCGCCCACAACAAGAAACAGCUCAAAGAAAUCGAAGAUAAAAUCCUGGAAGUACUAUCGUCAUCCGAGGGUAACAUCCUUGAAGAUGAGACAGCGAUCAAAGUUUUGUCUUCUUCAAAGGUUUUGUCCGAAGAAAUUUCUGCUAAGCAGGAAAUUGCGACAGCAACUGAAAAAGAGAUUGACGAAACACGAAACGGCUACAAACCCGUGGCCACGCAUUCGUCUGUUUUGUUCUUUUGCAUCUCGGACUUGGCAAGCAUUGAGCCUAUGUAUCAAUACUCUCUCACAUGGUUCAUCAAUCUGUACCUCCAGUCGAUCCUGAACAGCGAGCGCUCACCAGAACUUUCUGAACGCAUCGAGUUUCUUAACGACCACUUCACUCAAAGCAUCUACUCUAACGUGUGCCGUUCGCUGUUUGAAAAGGAUAAGCUGCUCUUUUCGUUUAUUUUGACCAUUGGCAUCCUCAAGGGCAGAAAUAAGGUGGACGAUCAAGUUUGGCGCUUCCUACUGACAGGCGGCGUGGCCCUCGAUAACCCGUACCCCAACCCCUGUCCGGAAUGGCUCGGUGACAAGAACUGGUCGGAGAUCGUGCGCGCAUCCGAUCUCCCCAAUCUCAAGGGUCUGAAGGAUGACCUGGCAAAUCCUGGGUGGAAAAAGUUCUACGACUCGUCGACACCUCAGUCAGAAAGCAUGCCAGAUCCCUGGGACUUACUCUCUGGCCUGGACAGAAUGGUUGUUCUAAGGUGCCUCAGGCCUGACAAGAUCGUCCCUGCUGUACAGGACUUCAUCGUUGAGAACAUGGGUCGAUCGUACAUCGAGCCGCCCACGUUCAACCUCCAGCUGAGUUAUGACGACUCACACUGCUGCGCCCCACUUAUCUUCGUGCUCUCACCCGGCGCGGACCCAAUGGCGGGGCUCCUCAAGUUCGCCAACGACAAGGGGUUCGGAGGAAACCGGAUACAGACCAUCUCGCUAGGGCAGGGACAGGGCCCUAUUGCCGCGGGCAUGAUUGACCAGGCGCUCAAGAAAGGCACAUGGGUGGUGCUACAGAACUGUCAUCUGGCAACGAGCUGGAUGCCCAAACUGGAAAAGAUCUGCGAAGAGGUCAUUAACCCAGACGACACGCACCAGGACUUCAGGCUCUGGCUCACAAGUUAUCCCUCGCCGGACUUCCCCGUCUCCAUAUUACAGAACGGUGUAAAGAUGACGAAUGAGCCGCCGAAAGGUUUGCGAUCCAACAUCUUGCGUUCAUACCUGAACGAUCCCAUCUCAGACUCCGAGUUCUUCACCGCUUGCAACAAGCCUGCGGCUUGGGAGAAGUUGUUAUUUGGUCUGUGUUUCUUCCACGCUCUCGUCCAGGAGAGACGUAAGUUCGGUCCUCUCGGCUGGAAUAUUCCCUACGAGUUCAACGAGUCCGAUUUGCGUAUCAGCAUGAGACAGCUCCAGAUGUUUUUGAAUGACUAUGACGAAAUACCGCUGGACGCGUUGACGUACCUGAUUGGUCAGUGUAACUAUGGCGGCCGCGUGACGGAUGACAAGGAUAGACGACUGCUCGUCUGUCUGCUCUCCAUCUGCGUAUGUCGAGACAUCGUAGACAACGAGAAACAUAAGUUCUCUGACAGUGGUUUAUACUAUGCACCAGACAAGGGUCCGUACGAGUCUUACAUCGAGUAUAUCCGCGGGCUCCCUCUGCUCCCCAAUCCCGAGGUUUUCGGUCUCCACGAGAACGCGGACAUCACCAAGGACCAGAAGGAGACGCAAGAGCUAUUUGACUGCAUCUUGCUGACUCUUCCGCGUCAGAGCGGAGGGGGCGGAAAAUCCCCCGCUGAGAUGAUCGAGGAGCUCGCAGCCGACAUUUUGUCCAAGUUCCCGCCUCUCUUUGAUCUUGAGAUGGUGAUUAAGAAGUACCCUGUUAUCUACACGGACUCUAUGAAUACAGUACUGCGGCAAGAGCUUAUCAGAUUCAACCGGCUCACGGCCGUGGUGAUCAGCACGCUAAGGAACCUGCAGAAAGCCAUCAAGGGUCUGGUGGUCAUGUCUGGCGAGUUGGAAGACGUGUUUAACAAUAUGCUUUUGGGUAAAGUGCCUGCUGUGUGGGCCGCCAAGUCCUACCCCUCCCUCAAGCCUCUAGGUAGCUACGUCACAGAUCUCCUAGACAGGUUGAAGUUCUUCCAAGACUGGAUUGACCAUGGCCCGCCCAACGUAUUCUGGAUGUCUGGCUUCUACUUCACCCAGUCUUUUUUGACAGGUGCUCGGCAAAACUUCGCUCGUAAAUACACUAUUCCGAUCGAUCACGUUGGAUUCGAGUUCAACGUAAUGAAAGAAGAGAGAGACAUGGAUCAUAAGCCAGAGGAUGGCGUCUAUGUGAACGGACUUUUCCUCGAGGGAGCCCGAUGGGACCGAGAGACGAUGCUGGUUGCCGAGUCAUUACCCAAGAUCCUAUUCGACACGUUGCCUGUAAUGUGGAUUAUUCCCGGAGAGAAGAGCAAAUUCAAGUCGAAGCCGAACUAUCCGUGCCCAGUCUACAAGACGAGCGCACGGCGCGGUACACUCUCCACCACAGGCCACUCCACCAACUUCGUCAUGUUCGUUGACCUUCCCUCAGACAAGACCGAGAGGCACUGGGUAAAUAGGGGCGUGGCGUUGCUAUGCCAACUGGAUGACUGAUUUGCUUUUGUAUUGUAAAUAAAUUCUGUGUGAAAGGUGAGCUGUUACUUUGCCUUUACGUCUGCUCGCGUGUAUUUAUUUAAAAUAAUAUUUUUAUAGAAAACUUUCAAGCUCUAUCUGUAUUGAUUGGCACAGCCAUUCCUCUAAAAUAUGUUAGAGUGCGCCGAGAAUGUCGUCACUAAAUUCUUAUUUGUACUCUAAUUUAUUACCAUGUACGUGUGUUGUAAAGAAGAAAUAAAAUCAUUUUGGAGUGA